AUGAACGUGGUUCAGUCUUCGUUAAGUACUUCUCAUCCUCUCUCCACUUAUUUAUCUUAUGCUCGUCUCUCACCCCACCAUAAAGCCUAUACGGCUAAUCUCACCCUCUUCAAAGAACCUACUAGUUUUUCGCAGGCUGUCCGGGAUCCAAACUGGUGCGCUGCCAUGCAUCAUGAAAUUGCUGCCCUUCAAGCCAAUCAUACAUGGACACUCGUGCCUUUGUUGUUGCAUAAAUGUCCCAUUGGAUGUAAAUGGGUUUACAAAAUUAAGCUCAAACCUGAUGGCACUCUUGAACGAUACAAGACACGCCUCGUUGCCAAAGGUUAUAGUCAAGUUGAAGGUGUUGAUUACCGCGAAACUUUUGCUCCAAUGGCUAAGUUAACCACAGUUUGCGUGCUCCUUAGCAUGGCUGCUGUGCAAGGUUGGCACCUCCAUCAACUGGAUGUGAACAACACUUUUUUAAAUGAUGAUCUCGAAGAGGAUGUCUACAUGACCUUGCCCCCUGGUUUUGGACGAAAGGGGGAGACUCGAGUAUGCAAGUUAAAUAAAUCACUUUACGGUUUAAAGUAA